AUGGGAGACAAGCUGCCGGAGCCUCACGCCAGCUCUUCCCCUGCUGUGGCUGCCAGCUCGGAGGCGGAGGAAAUCGAGGUGCUGGACUCUGAGGAUGUCCUACCUAUGGCUGCAGAGGAUCACUGGAAAGCCUUAUUUGAUCAGUUUGAUCCCGACAACACUGGCUACAUCAGCACCGAGAAGUUUCGCUCCCUUCUCCAGAGACACGGCUCAGAGCUGGACCCCCACAAACUGGAGGUCCUGCUGGCCCUGGCAGACAGCAACUCUGAAGGGAGGAUCUGCUACCAGGACUUCGUCAACCUGAUGAGCAACAAAAGGUCAAACAGCUUCCGCCAGGCCAUUCUGCAGGGCAACAGGAGGCUGUGCAGCAAGGCACUGCUGGAGGAGACAGGGCUGAGCCUCUCGCAGAGGCUGAUCCGGCACGUGGCCUACGAGACCCUGCCGCGAGAGAUCGACCGCAAGUGGUACUAUGACAGCUACACCUGCUGCCCCCCGCCCUGGUUCAUGAUCACCAUCACUAUUGUGGAGGUUGCCUUUUUUCUUUACAACGGAGUGGUAUUGGACAGAUUUGUGCUGCAGGUCAGCCAUCCCUUGUACCUGAAGAAUGCAUUGCUUUACCAUCCUCAGCUCCGUGCUCAGGCUUGGAGGUACCUAACCUACAUAUUCAUGCAUGCAGGGAUAGAACAUCUUGGACUCAAUGUUGUCCUUCAGCUCUUGGUUGGGGUUCCUCUGGAAAUGGUGCAUGGAGCUGCGAGGAUCAGCUUCGUGUACGUUGCUGGAGUUGUGGCAGGGUCCCUGGCAGUGUCAGUAGCUGAUAUGACUGCCCCCGUGGUGGGCUCCUCUGGAGGUGUGUAUGCCCUUGUCUCAGCUCACUUGGCCAAUAUAGUCAUGAACUGGUCAGGAAUGAAGUGCCAAUUCAAACUGCUGCGCAUGGCUGUUGCCUUGAUCUGUAUGAGCUUUGAAUUUGGAAGAGCUGUGUGGCUGCGAUUCCACCCCUCUGCCUACCCACCAUGCCCCCACCCCAGCUUCAUGGCUCACCUGGGAGGAGUGAUGGUUGGAAUCACCCUUGGUGUCAUCAUCCUGAGGAACUAUGAGCAGAGACUCCAAGAUCAGACUUUAUGGUGGAUCUUCCUUUCUAUUUAUGUCAUUUUUGUCCUGUUUGCCAUCUUCUGGAAUAUUUUUGCCUACAGCCUGUUGGAUCUAAAGCUACCUCCCCCUCCUUGA